GACAAAUUGAUUCGGUGAAUUUCAGGGUUAUAAUGCACAAACAUUUAAAAUACUAUGUAUUUCAUAUACGUGCCAUUCAAAUGUAAAAAGUAUGUGAAAUAAAGAUUGGAUGUUAAAGAUGUUGCUGGUUCUGCAGUUCUUAUAUUUAUUUUUUUAGUUGACCUUCACAGAUUAUAUCCCUUGAAUGCAUUAGAUUUAUCUGUCAAGAUCAAGUUCCAAGGCUGUCAAUUUGUCAACUCAAAAUGUCUAUUGUUGACGAUCAACGUUGGUAAAAAAAUUGCAAAACAAAGAAUUUACCUAAAUAUUAAUUAAAUAAAAAUGAUUUAAAGUUAGCUUUUUAAAAUGAACCGCCUUAUAUGUUUAAAAUCUUGUUAUAUUAACACGAUAAAAAGUAGUUACAAUAAGUCAAGCCAAUUAUUAUUGUGUCCUAAAAGUGUCACUCCAGAAUUGCUUAUAGUAAGAAAAGUACACGAACAGAAGAAAAUACGUUCAACCCUCAAUUAUGUGAUCGCUUUAGGAGUUAUGACAGUAGGUUUAAGUUACGCCGCUGUACCUUUAUACAGGAUAUUUUGUCAAGCAUACAGUUAUGGGGGUAGCCUGGGGCAAGCCGAUGCAACAGAUGAAGUAAGUAAUAUGAAGGCAGUAAAAGAUAGACCUAUCAAAAUAAGGUUUAAUGCAGACGUAGCAUCAUCUAUGCAGUGGAAUUUUAGGCCACAGCAAACGGAUAUUACAGUGGUGCCAGGAGAAACGGCAUUAGCUUUCUACACAGCUAAGAAUCCCACUGAUAAGCAAGUGGUGGGCAUUAGUACUUACAAUGUGGUUCCAUUUGAGGCUGGUCAAUACUUUAAUAAGAUACAGUGUUUCUGCUUUGAAGAACAAAUGCUAAAUCCACGUGAGAUGGUGAACAUGCCAGUGUUCUUCUACAUAGACCCAGAGUUCAGUGAGGAUCCAAAGAUGGAGUACAUUGAUGAGAUUGUUUUGUCUUACACUUUCUUUGAAGCUAAAGAGGGAUUCCAACUUCCUGUCCCUUCAUAUGCUAAGUAAUGCACAAACCUAAGUAUUUUAGUUAUAGACAUAUUGUGUUAUGGAAUGACAUUAUUUUAUUAUAAAAAUGUUGAACAUAUUUUU